GCUAGGCGUCUGGGUGUGUGCAUGUGUGCGUGCGCGUGUGUCUGCGAAGCGUGGUUCUCAGCUUAGCGAACGACGAGUUAAACGCUGCGAAAUUGCAGGUAUUCGCGAGAGGUGUUAAAACCGUGGCGGCUUGGGAACAGCAACCGAGCGAGCGAGAGAGAGAGAGGAAUGCAAGCGACGGUUGAUGACUCGCAGAUGAUGAUGACGAUGAUACAUCACAGCGUGGGCCAUCCCCGCUGAUAUAACGCGCCGGCAGACAGACACCGACGCCUAUACGCUACGAGAAGGACUCGAGGCUACUUGUAAUGCCGCUCGCAAGGUUGCGAGGUGUGUCCGCGUAGGAAACGCGCGUGUUUGCGUGUAUGUACGCGUAUUAGCAAAGGCUAGCAGCGAGUGCAGAAGGGUUGCGACUACAUGCGCCUUUCCGCGUGUUAACUCGAGUGCGCUGUUAAGUCGAUGCGAAAAUAAGAUAUCAAAGAGAAUUAUUUACGGAGCGAACACGAGAGGUGAGUGGAGGGACUCUAGGCGUUGCCGGGUUGUUAAUCCAGCUCACGGAUUGCCGCACGCUAUCGCCUGCGAAAUCCUGUGACGGGAGUUUGAAUCCGUGAAGAAGGUAAUCGGACGCCGAGAGAAGACGCUUGUCGUGAGUCUGCACUGACACUCCGUGGCACGUCGUGGAUGUGAUCGGCCCAGGUGUGCGUCGUCAUUCUACACGCAGCAUGUCGUGGAAUACAGGUGUCGCCUUGCUGCUGUUGACACUCGAUGCGCUGCAGGCCCCGACGAUUUUCGCGAGCACGGGGCUGGCGCAGGUGACGGUUAGGAUUGAACCACAGCCAGUACAGGAGAACACGAGUGUAGUUCUUACCUGUGACUACCUCCUGCCGGAAGGUCAGGAGCUCAUCGAGCUGACGUGGAAGAAAGAUGGAGUUGGAAUCUACAGACUCCGGAGGAACGGGCAAAAGCGGGUGCUGGGGGGAACACCGAUCCCCAAGAAACGCAUGGAUCUGGACUAUCAGCCAGAAUCUUCGCUCAGGAUUCUCGAGGCAAAGGCUGGUGACUCUGGCAUGUACCAGUGUAUCGUGGGAUAUGGUGAUGAUGUAUACGGGUCGUCAGAACUGGUUGUCAUAGUGCCACCAGAUGACCCCGUCAUCGUCUCAAGUGCAGUUGAAGGCAUCGUCAAGGAAUUCGACCUGCUGACGCUCACGUGCGAAGCCGAUGGUGGAAAGCCGCCCGCUAACGUCACCUGGUGGUACAAGGGUGCACAGAUGGAGGAGGCUGUGUACAAGCGCGAGGGCAAGGACACGAGUAGGGGUCUUGGACGCAGUACCCUCACAAUAGAGGUAGCAGCAACGGACGAUGGAGAGUCAUACCAAUGUCAGGCAUGGAACAUUGCACUGCGACCCGAAUCGCCGAAGACUACAGAGAUAACCCUAGACGUGUCGUAUACACCAGAAGCUAGCAUAUCUAAAGAACGAGAACGAGUGCAGGAAUCUGGAUCAGUGCAAGCCACCUGUCGAUUAAAGGCGAAACCUCAGACUACUGACAUCCAGUGGACGAAGGAUGGCACCGUCAUAGAACAGUACGAAGCGACGAUGUUGCUGGAGGACAUCAAGCGUCAGGAUGCUGGGGAGUACCGCUGCGUCGGACGCAACGUCAUCGGCUGGGGCCGGGAGAGCGAACCGUUCAUACUGGAAGUAACGUAUGCUCCGUUUGUGACGAUGCUAUAUCAGGGCAGCGAGAUGCCGUCGUCAAUAGCAACAGAGGGUGAGACGCUGCAGCUGACGUGCGAUGCCGAUGCAAACCCUACCCCGGAAUAUUACCGCUGGACGAAAGAUGGCUCUGACAUCGGCGAAAACUCGCACACGUAUUUCGUCCCGGUGUUGACCAGGCAGCACAAGGGUACAUAUCAGUGUACAGCCAGCAAUGAAGCUGGCCAUGGAACAAGUGAACUCUUUGUGUUGGACAUUGAAUAUAAACCAGUGUCACAAAUUGUCAACAGCAUUGGCAUUUCGCCAUUAAUAAUGACAGAAUCGGAACAGUCUACUCUCACACUGACAUGUGAGAUUGAUGCUAACCCCAUUGUAAAGGAAAUACAAUGGUACAAGGAUGGCGAGGCAUACCUGCAGAACGAAGCCAACAAGGUGAUACUUGAGUAUGUACGCAGAGAGGAUGCCGGCCAAUAUUCGUGCCAGGGUAGCAACAUGAUCGGAUGGGGUCAAAAGAGCAAUGAGUUUGAGCUCAUAGUGCAGUACAAACCGGACAACGUCGUUGUUGAGCCUAGCCGCAUGACCCUGUACGACGGGGAUAUGCCGGAGAAUAUCUACUGUAAGGCUAACGGAUUCCCCGAGCCGCAGUUUCGAUGGCUACGCAACGGAGUGGUGGAGGCCGAGGGACCAGAGCUGAAGUUGCUAGGCAACACAAUGACUAGGGAACGGGGUGGAAUUUAUACUUGUGCUGUGAGCAAUGCAUUUGGAGAGACGAGAGCAGAUGCCGUCAUUAACGUCCUACACGCACCUGUCUGCGUGCAGACUGAGACAACGUUCAAUGCGCCAGUCAAUGAGAAGGUCGUACUGAGGUGUGAAGUCUAUGCCAAUCCACCAGAGGUCACGUUCGAGUGGACGGUGGAUGGCCAGGAGGUUGAGGAUGACUUUGAGGAUGGGCAGGUUAGCAGCUUGAGCGUGCGAGCGACGAGGGACACUGAGUUCAGGGAUUACCACUGCAGGGCAACGAACCGCAUCGGCACAGCCCACGAGCCAUGCAUCAUUCACUUUAGGAAGAUGUCUGAACCUCAGGUAGUGCGAACCUGUGAGUACGAGACCACUCCGGUGAACAUCUUCAUCCAGUGUGCGAAGGGUCAGGAUGGCGGCUCGGCACAGCACUUCUUGUUAUUCAGGAACAAUGAAGAGGUGGCAAAGAACCCACAGCCCAUCUUCAACAUCUCUGUCGAGCCUGGCAGAACAUAUGAGAUUAACAUUUUUGCCAAGAAUGACAUUGGCAUGAGCAGUAGCUACCCACUCAUGGUGCAUACCCCUAAAGGCGGGGAGGAGCCGCAGCUGCUGCUGUCUGGAGGUGCUAUCUUCGGUAUCGUCAUUGUGAUACUCAUCAUAUUAGUGAUAAUUGCUGCAAUCAUCCUCAUUGUAAUGAGGAAGAAGAAGAGGCAGAACAAAGAGAACCAGUCAAUCAAAAUCUGUUGACUACGCGGAGUGACGACAUCGAGGCAGGAUUCUUGCCUCCCGACGCUGCCAAAGACGGAGAAGAUAAAAACCAAAACAAAGAAAAGAGUGAGAAAAGUAAAGCAGAUUUCAAAGAUGCUUCCAAUGGUAAUAAAGAGAAUGGCCCUACACCCAAGACACCACUUGCAACAGGUGCCCCGACAGGCAAAAAUAAGAAGGUAUACCUUCCUCCAGUUCAGCAUGAGCAUGUUAACCAUCAGUAUGAGUAUGAAAACCCUCAGGGUGAUACUGAUAGCGAAGGCAGGGACCGUAGAGGAAUGACGUGUGAUGAUGACGACGAUGACGACUGCCUGGUGGUGUACGCAGACCUGGAUCUUCCACAGUGUAACUCCACGCCGAAGCCCGCAGUAGUAGUAGCCGCAGACGAAGACGCAGAACUGCGCACGCCCUACUCGACGAUAGACUUUAGCAAGCGGCCGCCAUCGCCAAUACAGGAAGUCGCCGAGGACGAGAAUGCAAACGAGGUGACGACGGAGGAGGCGGCGGCGGAGGAGGCAAGCGGGGAGGAGGCUGCGCCGGAGACGACGGACUCCACGGCUGAGGCGACGUCCGUGGAGGAGGAGUACAAGCAGCAGAAUCCGCACACCGUUAUCGUUUAGUGGCGCCUGGACGGCCUCGGUAGCACCUCGUGACUCGUCGUCGUCGUCGGUCAUUCUCUGGUCAGCCCAGGUGGCCUGUAGCCUCGGCCGCGUGUUCUGCGACAGCGUGGGAGCGGCUGCGGUCAGUAGUCAAGGUCUACGGCCAAUCAACGGUCGCCGGCCAAUCAACGUCUACGGCUGUAAUCUCGUGACACGUCGUUGCCGUGUCAGAGGUCAAGGGUCAGAGGCGCGCGAGCUGAACUCGUGUGAGCGCAAGCGUACGAAGACCUCACGUCAAUUCGCGAUGAUGUCAUCGAGAGCACAACACGUGACAUUAUUUGAACACAGAACGCUUGCUGAGUUUAGCCACUCUAAACACAUCAAUGGUGUUCAAUAUAUACAUAUACAGGUAAUCCUACGCAUCGUAUUUUGACAUAAUAUACGCAUAGAUACACCAGGGGUUUGACAUAAUUGCCGGCUUAUCCCUCAAUUCGACUCCUAUUUAUUGCAAGGGUUUCUUUAACUUCAUUUCGUUGGGUUAUUGCCAUCUUUGAAUAUAUCUAUAUCACACGUGUAGCACGCUCUAUAUCGUGCGUAAAGGCCAAGGUGGCAGCAUUGGCAUGUGACAGCCGGAGUGAUGGCGCAGGACGUUUGCCGAUUAGUUGCUCCACGUGUCUUGUAGUGUGCGUCUUAUCUGUGAUGCGAGCCGUGGCCAUCUAUCUCUAGCAGCGACGUGUGCGAGUGUGAAAACACGGAUUAGAGGAGUCAGCUCUCUCCCUCCUUCGCGGCGUCCGAUCUCUACGCUCGGACGACCGCUGUAAUAUUAUCGUCAAUGUAAUAUUUGUACAGUACCUUUACAUCGUCAGGCAUCGUAUUGCCUGCAUUAUUAUUACACAACACGUUUCACUGGAAGCGGAGGGGGUUUCCUUGUGGCGGGUGGGGGAGGGGGGUAUAAAGGAAGGUGACGCUGAUUGGAGUAGGAGAGUUGGGUAUCUGUAACGUAUCAUGGGUGAGAGCGUCCGGCUGUCUUCACAUCUGGAUGGACAAUCGACAGAGAACGACAGUUCCAUUAUUGUCUCCGUCCUAUUCUGCAUGAUAACUACAGCAGCAUCUGUCCAUUACGGGCAAGUCUACUCGUACGAGUAGAUUGUGUUUUUCUUCUUCUCAAUUUUAUGCAUUGCGGUCUUUACUCGCUAGCUAGAUGGGGCGGUGCGGUACUGUAGUCGGUGUGGGUAAUGCUCUGGGAGAUGGUUGGUAGGCGAGCCAAGUGGUUUCUCUUCGUUCAUCUUAUACGAAGUAUGGGCAUGGAAUAUCGGGGAUGACUUAGGUCAAAGCUUUACAAAAAAUCGUUGAUAUUUUGUUAUAACUGUCGAGGUAUCGUAUGGUUCGCUCUGUGCGAACGGUCAGUAACGAUUUACGUUAUCAUAGUUAUGAGCUAGCUAGAAUUGCGCUCCGUAUCGUAUCCGCGUGGUACCAUCAUUCUACAGAGCAUUCGGAAUAGAAGCCAGGGUUUGAACUUUUGUCGAUAAACAUAUUACAAGUAUACACUGAUAAUAAGUAUUAUUGUAGUCAUUUUGCCUGUUUUUAUUAGCUGUAAACUUUGUACAGUAGGCAUAUUUAAGGUUGUUUGAAGCCGUUUAUAUUUUGACUUGGACUCGGUUGUAGUUACGUGUAUUUUGUAUGUCUGUCCCUGGAGUAGAGUGUUAUGUUAUAAUCCGUUAGAUGCGUUAUGGAUGAUUAAGUAGGCAGUAGUGGUCAGCAUCAUCAUCACCACCAUGCGUUGUGUUCUUCUUUCGAAUUUCUGAAAAUUGCGUUAUUAUUUGUAUUUAUUGAAUUUAGAUUUUAUUAGAGAAUUUAGAAGAGGGGGAAGUGAAACAUAUUUUAGCCAUGUAAGAUAAUCAGUUUUUUGUAAUUCGUAUUAUGAGGGUAAAUGCCACGCGAGCGAGGGUGCUGUGCGUAUGCAACUGGUUUGAGGAUAUUAUGUCGUUGUGUAUACUAUAUAGCCAGUUGAUUGCAAGCCGGACAUUUUAAGAUAAUAAUGCCAGUAUUCAAUAUGUAAUUUUUUUAACUUUCCAGAUUUCCUGCCAUUAUAACGUGUACACAACAUUACUAGAGUGUCAGGUGGUUACUUCCACGGCGAAGGGAGACGACGCCUGUUUCAGUCUUAGCGUAGCUCUCUUUUCUGCCCGUAGUGCCAGUAAUAUUUUGAGACAACGUUGCCACGUGAUAGUUUAUAAGCUAGCAUACGCGAAGUGGCAUUGCCUUGGCGAAACCUCUGUGAGGUUGUCCUUGGUCUACGAUUUGUUAUUCAUCAAGAUAUUGUCCAGCGCAAUUUUCGAUGAACUACGGCAAAGGAACACUUAUGAUACUUUUUUUAGAAUAAACAAAACAUUUUGCUCUAAUAGUAGGCAUAGGAAUUUUGGCGUUGAAUUGGAAUUCUAUGAGUUACUAUUGGAAUGUUGCGCACCCCCGCCGUAGACCGUUGUUUCCGUUUGUUCUUUGGCUUGCGGUGCGGCUAUAACAAAUGGACAUAUCUACACUCUUGUUCCUAACAUGGCCGUAUGUAUAAUACACAGGUCUCGAUUCUCUUGCAAAUCGUCACAGCAACAUGCGAUGGAGAAUAAUGUUCUGUAACACCACUAGCAAUAGUGUGGUAAUGUAGCAUUUCAUACACCAUGUAUAUUUUUGCAUUUGUACAGCAUACGUGGCCUUUUAAUAAAAUGUCAUUUUCAUAGAGAA